GAUGGGCCUGAUUCAUAAUGACUUAUAAUGAUUCUAUGUUCUUACCGCCUUGGAAUUCAUGGUCAAAUGAUUUCAUUAACACUGAAAAUUGGGACGAAUACAACGAUCAACCUGUAUUUAAACACCCCGGUGGCCAUGAAUGCCUACCAAUAGAAAUUGCUCAGAGUGUCAAACUAUGGAAAAGACCUGGCGAAAUAUUUAGCAUUGAUGGACUUACCGUCCAGCCUAAAGGAAAUGCAAGCGAUAUAGAUAAUUUAUUGACCACCAAUGAAUCACUAAUGAAUGUUAAAGUUUAUCGGUGGAUUCUGUAUCACAUUGUGUUGUAUACAACUCGAUUUAAAAAUAAGUGGCCACAACCAUGGCAUCCAUCUAGCGUGGUUUUUUCACGUUGCAAAGCUGAAGUAGCGUGGAAUAAAAAAUCAAAACCAGAGUAUAAUCCAUAUGGAAAAUAUUGGCUUAAAUUGUUUUACAUGGGAAAGUUUCGUAUGAUAUGCGUCAGCGAUCAUUUACCAAUAAGUGCCGAUGGCCGCAUUUUAUUGCCUCUAUGCGAAGACAGCAAAGUUCUUUGGUUACCAUUACUUGUCAAAGGACUGUUACGUAUUUACUCUCUGGCCGACGAUUUUGAUCAAUUCAAUACAAUAACAUGUCUCACUGGAUGGUCUUGUAUUCAAACAAAUUGCCAACUCAUUUCAAAAGAAAAUCUAUGGUCAUCGAUUUUAUCUCACUCUUCAAAUUCGGAUGUUGGGCAUUUAGAUUUAGACAGCAAAUCAAAAAAUAAAAAAAACCCUAAACAUAAGGAUUGUUUUCAAUUAACGACUACCGCAGGCACUCAAUGCCACCACGACGAAUUUAUGUCAAUUUAUGGAUCAAAUCCCCCGAACUCAAUAGUUAUUGGGUUUAUAUUGUCACCAACUAUGUAUAAAGGGAAUAACCUUAAGCCAUUGGGCCGAUACUCGCAACCAAUGUUUUUGAAUUACGUCAAGAUGAUAAAGAAUAAAUCAUUACCAACUUGGAAAAAAUAUCGAUGGGCGAAAUGGGCAACUGACAAUAAUUUAAUCAGAAAACAUGAACUAAAUGAUUUUAUGAGAUUGAUAAAUGUAUGCGCACCAUGCUCGGCCAUAUUAAAUCAAUCGUCUCCACUGAUGAAAGUCCUAAAUAAACAUAAAUCCAAUGGACAAGACAGUGAAUACGAGCUUGAUUUUUCAUAUCUAAAACCUUUUACUACAUGUGUGCAAUUUUACAUCAAAAAAUACCAAUCGUUUCGAUUUAUUAAGUCAGUCGUCUUUGAAAACGAAGAUAGUCCGGAAAACGAUAUUUAUCAGUCUACAAACAAUCAAUGCUGCGCAUAUUUACAUUUCGAGUCACCGUAUUGCCAGGCUAUGCUUUUCACAUUAUCAGUGUGCAAAAACUAUACAAUCCAUAACGGUAAUAUUGAACUAGACGCGCCUUCAAAUCGCUAUGUAAUUGAUUGUCCAUAUAUUAACGUGGAACAAUUUCUCUGGUACGAGACGAAACUUCCGACACCGCUGUCUGCCAUUCGCACAAGAGGAGUGUCAUACGUCGUGAUAAAUUUUAAACCUGGAAUUAACGUGUUGAAAAUAUGGGGUGAACUGCCGGCCAAGUAUUCGCUGACAAUCGAAUCGACAGUAGACUUCUCCCUCCUCAAUACGGUGAAAACCGUUUACGAAAAACUCACCAAUCGACCCAAAUCGCUGACGGCCUUACUAGUGCCUUUAAAACAAACGUUUUCACAACUAUGUACCACGGAGCCAAAUACAGGUGACCGUGGACAAAGCUUACUAAGAUUUUACUCUAUGUUUAUACCACCCUCCAUUAAAAACGAAACCGAAUUGGAGAAGAUUGAAAGAUUAUCGAAUAUUUCGAAAACAAUUCAAUCGGCCAUGGUAAACAUUAUAGAGAGUAAGUCUCCUAAUGACCCAAACCCUUCGGCAGAAUUAUACACGGAAUUACAAGAAUUAUUACAAAACAAAUCAUUGGGACUAAAACAGAUUUCAGCAUUAGGUUUAAAAAAUAAAGCCAUACAUAAACCGAAAUCUGCUUCAAGUCCGAAAAAAAUAAAAACCGAAAAGUCUAUAGUAAUAAAAAAAUCUGUUGUCAAAUCUAGAAUAGGCCAUGGUAAAAGUCCCACGUCAGUUUCGUCUAGACCGCAAAGCAGUAAACCAACGGCAUCAAAAAUUGUUUAUGCAAAUAUGUUUGAAGUAUUAUGCAAUGUAUUGCAUUCUGGCGAGAUUGACUUGGAUGAAUAUCAUUUUAAAAAUGAUUUAUUUAAUUAUGUGGUUAAUGUUCAUUUUGAUGAGCAUACUGCAAAACCUAUCGAUACGCUGUUAUUGUUUCGUCUAGAACUAAAUACACAUUCGAAAUCAGAAUUGGUGCCAACAGUUAUAAAAUUUUCAUACAAAAAUAGCGACAAUUUCAAUAUUAAUUUAACUUUGAUCAACAACGAUACUCAAAUGGAAGUCAUACCAAUGAACAUUGACAUGAGUAUGUAUAUGGUUAGUAAUACUUCUAAGGGAUACUCGCUAAUAGGAUGGACUUCAGAAAAAAACCUAGAUUUAAAAAAUGUUAGUUAUAAACUUGAUUUAUUUGGACGACCGUAUGAGAUCUUACACUCAUGCGGAACGCAAAAGGAUUAUAGCUUACAGAAAUACAACACAACGGUGUGUGAUCAUAUUAAUACGCCCGAUUUUGUUAAUAAGCAUGUGAAAAAUAGGUUUUACAAGCCUAAUGCUGAGAACCUAUUGGCUAGGGCGAUUCUUAACGUUGAAAAAGCAGCUUUGUACACAAUAUACUGUCAUCUAGAACACCUAGAUGAUGUAAUGAUGGAAAUUCGAGUAGUAGACGUAAAUCUCACUGACGAUAUUUCUACAGUAUUUGCAUCGUAUCGUACACGCGGAAAAACAGCAUUUAUCCCAGCUAUAUUUUUAGAUCCACAUCCCACCAAUAAUUCACAAAUUCAGAUUAAGAAUUCUAAUAAUUCAGGUACUUAAAAUAAAUUGUCUGAAAACUCGACAAGUAUAGUAUUUGUAAUCGAGGUUAUUUUAAUCAAGAAUAUCGACAUCGAUUACAUUAAUAUACUAAAUGAUACAAAUCAAUAUGAUUGGACAAUUUCGUGCACUUACGAUAAGAAACUCACAGGUAUUACACUCGAAUCAAAUGUUGUAGAUUAUAAUUUCCAUUUUAUCAGUUCAAUACCGCAUCAAAUUCAACCACCUACUAUUUUACAGAAAUCGACAGCCGUAUCUAGUUCAAAUGUUACCAAUCAAAUUGAUAGUUUAAAGCCAAAUUUGGAUUACCAUACACUGUUUGAAUUCAUGAUAGCCCGUCAAGAUAUAAUCAAAGAAAAAUUGGUGGAUAAUGAUUCGAAUGAAUCAUUAACGGAUAAGUCAAUUGCACUUUUAAAUAAAAUAAAAGAAAUAACUACUCUGCAAGAUACUACCAUAAAAAUUUUAAAUUCAACCAUGGAUAAUAAAACUGAAAGCCGUCAUAAUUUGGUGGAUGUAUUAAGCAAACAAGUCUUAAGUUUACUUCAACUUCAACGUAAAUCGACUAUGAACGUACAGAAAUCAAGGAUGAUGAAAAAGAAGUCACGUGCUUAAUAGAUAUAACAAAUCAAAUUGAAAUAUUAAUCUGAAAUAUAAUUUAGUGAACCAUUUGUAUAUUUCAAGUAAUCAAAUGCCGUAAUCAUACUAGCAAUUACCACAUUUAUUUUGCUAUUUUUCUUGUUUUUCUACCUACAUAAAAUACAAGUAGCAUAAUAUUCUAAUCAUCAUUGUUUUAGAACCUAUUUAAAAAAGAUAUAAUACAACCAUAUUCUUAUAGAUAUAGGCCAUUAAAUGUGGAUAAG